UUUUUUGUAUCUUUGUAUAUAUCUCUUGGUGGAGGAAUGCUUGUCACCUACUCCUUUUUUAGUUUUUCACUCUCUUUCUAUGUUUCUUUAAAACUCUAUCCCCACAAGGCAAAGACAGAGUGCAGAGCUCACAGCCUUUGAGGUAAAGAUUCAGCUGUGUCUUUGGAGGGGUGUUGGGUCGUCUUGGAUUUUUGGCAAUGGAGAAAUAUAAGUGUAAAUUGUGCUUGAAAAGCUUUGUAAAUGGAAAAGCUUUGGGUGGUCAUAUGAGGUCUCACAUGUUGCAUUUUCCGGUUCCUCCCAAAGUUGAAGAACAGGAACGACUGGAAGUAGCCCAGAAUCAACCAAGCGAAGAGUCUGAGGCAGCUUCGGCUUCAUUUUCGUCAUCCGAGGAAGAAGGAGAAGAAAAAGGGCAGUUUUAUGGGCUUAGGGAGAAUCCAAAGAGAAGUGUCCGCUUGGUGGAUCCUGAGUUUGUUGACGCUGGUUCUGUUGUUCUUCAAGACAGAGAAAGCGAGACGGAGUCGCAUAAGAACCCAACUCGGAGACGAUCUAAACGGACUCGGAAGAUACUGGAGCAUCAUCAAUAUCAUCACCAGCAACAAGAAAGUCAAGAGCUGCAAGAAGAAACAAUAAAGAAGCUUAAAGAUAACAAUAACCAACUGAGCAAGACCGAGUCUUGGGCUGAGCCUGAACCGGUGAGUUCGAUCUCUGAUACAACGACUGAAGAAGAUGUCGCUUUCUGUCUUAUGAUGCUUUCAAGGGACCAAUGGAAAAGCAAAGUACAUCAAGAUGAUGAUGAGGAAGAAGCAACAGAAAUAGAAAAGUCUAUGGAAGAAACAGAUGAAUCAGAAGAGUACUUCAAAAUAAGCAAGGUAAACAGAACAACUCGAGGUAAGUACAGGUGUGAAACGUGCAACAAAGUUUUUAAAUCGUACCAAGCACUGGGUGGACACAGAGCGAGUCACAAGAAGAUCAAAGCUUACUCGCCAGCAACUCAUGAAACAGAGUUAGAAGCAGAAAAUGUGGGUGCUUGCUCUGUGACAGAAAAGAAAAUUCAUGAAUGCCCUGUUUGUUUUAGAGUGUUCUCAUCUGGACAAGCUCUUGGAGGCCAUAAAAGAUCUCAUGUAACUGGUCAAGUAGUAGCAACUACCGAAAGUACUCCUGUUAAAAGCUCCAAAAAGUUGGUAGAUAAUCUGAUAGAUCUUAAUCUUCCUGCUCCAAUGGAUGACGAUGAUGUUAGCCAAAUUGAACUCUCUGCGGUUUCGGAUGCUGAAUUUGUGGUUUGCAACAAUGUUUGAUCCAAAGGUAAAAAAAUUUUGGUAGCUUUUGCCUACAUCUGGGAUCUAAAGAUUUUUGCUAGUUUACUAUUUUUCCAAAUUUAAGCUAUAAGGUUUUCUGGUUAGUCAUAGACCAUUCUACUCUGUUCUAACUGUAAUUCCUUUUUUUUUUUUUUUUUGAAUUGUCUUUAAGUUUUGUUUGUAACAACUGAUCAAUUAGAACCUCCAAGAAAGCCCAGUUAAACAUGCUUUUUUGUUCAUUUCACUGUUGGAUUAGGAUUUCUGGGUUCCUCGAUAUUUUGUUGAUGAAGAAACAGGCAUUGUUGUUAAUGGGUUCUGUUCAAUCAAAGUUUCCUACUUUUCUAGCU